AUGUGUUACUAUGGCAGAUACUAUGGAAGCCUGGGAUACGGCUAUGGUGGCCUAGGCUAUGGCUGUAGCUAUGGUGGCUAUGGUGGAUAUGGUAGAUAUGGUGGUUAUGGUUAUUACCGCCCCCUGUGCUAUAGAAGGUACUGGUCCUGUGGCUUCUACUGA